AGCUCUUAAUACACAAUGAUCAGGUUAUUUCUUUUCUUUAUUGGAGCUAUUUAUGUUAAUUCCCAUCCGUAUUACAGGGAUCAGAUUCCCAAUGGGUAUGCUGUUUUCAACCCGUGUGGCAGUGGUUUUUGGGAGGCUGUAGGGCACUAUGACCCUCUUCAUCACACACAUGACAAAAACCCAUUUGGAAUGGCCUUCGCCGCUGCUGGACAUCAGUGGACAACUGCCCUUUGUAACGCAGACUCAGACGGUGAUGGGGUGACCAAUGGUGCUGAGUUAGGUGAUCCUAAUUGUACUUGGACUGCAGGGGGCACUCCAGAGGGUAAAUCAACCGGUCAACCAGGAAUCUGUGAGCCGAUUGGUUCCGGGGCCUGUUCUUCUGUUGCUUUCUCUUGUGGUUGUCAUGGACAUGCCUGCGUUGGUUAACUUUUGUUUUAUUUUGAAAUAAACUUUUUUACUGU